AGCAUAACCUCCGGCAUGGUCACACCUGCUAACGACAUUCACCUUGGAGAUAGAAUAUCUAGCCUAUAGCAUGAGAAAGCAGAGUGUGUUUGAGUGAAGAGGUUGGACAAGAAACUGCGUUAGGGUAGUAAGGUAGCCGUAUACGUGCCUAGGCCUGUUUUGCACUUUUCUACUAAUGUGUCCACAAAAUCCAAUUGAAUACGUUCCGUUGAACGAUCAUUCACGGCCACAAAGGUGAAAUUUCGAAUGGAACUUCAUCGAUUGGUUUUGCUUGUUGGCAAUGCAGUUUGCUGGUUGCUGGUUUUAUCGGCUAGCGCGCGCCCAAACAACGAAAGACAAUUGAAAACAGGAGGACAUCAACUUGAACAGACUCGAGAAAUGGCGAUUGUUAAACUGGCAAGACUGUCACACAACGAACUUCCUGUUUGCAAAGGAAAUCUUCUGGAACAACGGGAAUACCAUUACGAAGGAGAAAAGCUAGGAUCCUUUGAUAGCAGUCGGUUAAUGUCCAAAAAUGGCCCCUGUCGACUUUCGAAGUACACGGUUGAACGCACCUGUUUUGACACUAUAAGAGAAAAUAGACCAAAAAAACAAUUGUUACACUUGGUAUUCAUCGGAGAUUCGAGAAUUCGCCAACAAUUUUUCAACUUUCUCAGGUUAAUUCCAGAUCACGACAGGAAGUGGCAGCCGAGUCCAAUUCCGCCUAUAUAUCAUGGUGAUAUUGAAGUUAUUAGUGACAUCCUUAGCUUAAAGCUAUCAUUCCAAUGGCGGCCAUUACUAGACGAUACCGUUAUAGAAUCAAUACGUCAUUGGUCAUCUCCUAAUGACGAUACCGAGCGACCCUAUUUAGUUUUCCUGAGCAUGGUUUUGUGGCACAUAGUCCGCAUUCACAGCCAAGAUGAGUACAACGUUUACCAACAUAAAUUAAAGGUUAUUAAUCCAAUACUCGGCCAGUUGGCAAAAGGCAGCCAAGUCAUUUGGCUUAAUCAAUAUCCAAUGCUGACAUUCUACGGAGGUAUGCCGUAUGGAGGAGUUAAUGAUUCGGACAUUAUUCUUUCAGAGAAGGCUCAUCGGUACAACAAAGAUAUUCGGCGAAUUUUUGGGAAUCACAGCAGUGUACGCAUAUGGGAUUCUAGCAAUCCAUUGGCCGAAGAAUAUGUUCGUGGUUGUGCUCUUUUUCGACGUGGCCAUCCGGGGCCUCCUUUGUUCAGAGAUCCAGAUCAUUCAUUUAUUGACUGCAAAGAUUAUAUACACACAGGUUAUUCGGCCCUCUCGCUAGCCACACAAAUCUUGUUUAAUGACAUUUGUAAUACUCAAAUGGAAAAUGACUUGUGAGAAUAGCGUAUAUCUCCAGGCAUUAAAGACAAAAAAUGUCCUCGCCAUAUUUUCUUUUUCUUCCCAAAGUGUAAGAGCAUCAUAAUAUGUGACGUCAAAAGGUGGAGCACUGAACAUAUUCCAGUGAAAAAUACGACCGUGCAUUUCAUCUCGAGCUGACCUGAAAAGCAAAUGCUUAAGCUAAAAAAAAGCCUUUAGAAACCCAAAUUGCAACAAAAGCUAGUAUAUACUUGGCUGUCUGGGGUUGUCUGUACAGUAGCGAAGGCCAGACUGACAUGUGUACAAAGCAAUGAGAAGCACUCAGCUUCGUCAGACACACUUAAGUUCAGACAAAUACACCUGGGUAAACAUC